GCGUGGGAAGCAGCGCGCUCUCGCUCUCCAAAGCGGGUGGUUUGCUUGUUUUUAUUUUCCUCUUGAGUUCUGUAGAACUUCCGGUAUCCAGUCGCAUACCGUCGGGCUCCCGCCUUUAAUGUGCGGGGGCGAGAACGAAGGGGAUGCGCAAACGCCUGUAAAAAUCAAAGCGACGCUGCUCCUUAUCGGGGGCGGGGAGUUGGGGAACGAGAGUCGUUGCGCUUCUAAACACUCCCGCCCCUCAGGAGGAAAUGGAGGAGGGUUCCAUUGGGAACCAGAAGUGCAUUGCGCGGCAGGCUUUCCGUAAAGGUGGGCAGAAGUUCCCUCUUUGGGUUCCUCCAGCAAGUUCGGUGUCCCCUCGGCCUUCGGGGGGAGAAGCUGCGGCGGCAGAAGGGAUGGCGGCGGCAGGGGCUCUGUCUUCGCUCAGGCGCUGCGGGAAGCUGAGAUGGAAUAUGCCUCCAUUCAUAAACUCUCGCAUGAGGCAACCCAGUUUCUUUAAAUCUUCCAAAUCUGAGGCUUUACCAAACCUAACCAGUGAAGGAGUAACUUGUGCUCCACUUCAGACAUUUACAGAAGAGGAGAUCAUGAUCAAAGAAAUGGUGAAAAAGUUUGCUCAUGAGCGAGUGCUACCAUUGGUACAGAAAAUGGAUGCUGAUGCAAAAAUGGACGAUUCUAUUGUACAAGGGCUAUUUGAACAAGGGUUGAUGGGUAUUGAUCUUGAUCCCAAAUACGGAGGAACUGGGUUUUCCUUUUUUUCCACUAUUCUGGUGGUUGAGGAAUUGGCCAAGGUUGAUCCAUCAGUAUCGCUUAUGUGUGAGCUCCAGAAUACCUUAACCAAUAAAUUGUUUACGACGUAUGGCACAGAAGAACAAAAGCAAACCUAUUUGCCUAGACUGGCAAAAGACAUGAUGGGCAGUUUCUGCCUCUCAGAGCCUGGUUCUGGCAGCGAUGCGUUUUCCUUGAAGACUCGUGCUGAAAAGAAGGGGGACUACUAUAUCAUCAGUGGGUCAAAGAUGUGGAUUAGCUUUGCUGAGCAUGCAGGAGUGUUUUUGGUGAUGGCAAAUGCCAACCCUUCCGCAGGCUAUAAAGGAAUUACCUGUUUCAUAGUAGACCGUAAUACAGAGGGCCUACAUGUAGGAAAGAAGGAGGAUAAACUGGGAAUCAGAGCCACAUCUACAUGUCCUGUAACAUUUGAAAAUGUGAAGGUUCCUGUGACCAACGUCCUUGGGCAGGUUGGGCAGGGCUAUAAGUAUGCCAUUGGAAUGCUCAAUACGGGAAGAAUAGGAAUAGCUGCGCAGAUGUUGGGAUUAGCACAAGGAUGUUUUGACCACACCAUCCCAUAUACAAAGGAGAGGUACCAAUUUGGAAAAAGCACAUUUGAUUUUCAGGGAAUGCAACAUCAGAUUGCGCAAGUGGCUGUACAGAUAGAAGCUGCAAGAUUGUUAACCUACAAUGCAGCUCGACUUGCAGAAAGCGGAAGGCCAUUCAUAAAAGAGUCAAGCAUGGCCAAGUAUUAUGCAGCAGAGGUUGCUACUCUAACCACAAGUAAAUGUAUUGAAUGGAUGGGCGGAGUUGGCUUCACAAAAGAUUAUCCUAUUGAGAAAUAUUACAGGGAUUGCAAGAUCGGUACCAUAUAUGAAGGAACUUCAAAUAUCCAGCUGAACACAAUCGCAAAAUGCAUUGCUCAAGAAUACUGAGAAUACUGAAAAUCAAGAGAUUUAAUUACCGCUACAGUACUGGUGUGAAUCACGGGCUACUUCUUCAUGUCCAAUUUCUAAGACAAAAUAAGAAAAAUUGUGGUAAUUUUAAAUAUGUACAAGACUGCAGCAUAAGUGACUAGACUGUUACACUUCAGUAAUGUACCAUAAUAACUAAUUUUCCCAACUAUAAUGAUACAGGCCGUUAAAAUCAACCUUCUUUUGUAUCUACAUGUUGGGGUUUGUAGAACUGAUAACUUCAGUUGAUUCUGGGCUAUCAAGGCUUCUCUGCUUUACCAUGUGGGCUCUUUGAACUUUUGCACCUGCUUAUCAAGAUCCAACACACCAAUAUACAAACUUUGAAAAAGAACUAAGUAUCCAAGAAAUCUCUGAAAUUCUAUUCACACAAGUGUGAUGGCCCUGAUGACAUGGGAGCUGUAAUGAAGUUACACUAAAAAAAAUACCCUACAACCUAUACAUGUUGGUGAACUACACAAGUAUCAGUGGUUGGUGCUUAAAAACAUGGCCCAAACAGGAUAAUAAUGGACAAAAUAACCCACCUCUUUGAUUGAUUUGCAAUGCUGUACUAGGGGAGUUGGAACAGACUUGUCCUAUGGUUGUUAAGAUGGAGAUGAAGGAACUAAUUAAUACAGGGCCUUUUCUAUAGGAUGGUUAAAAGUUAGUACUUCAUGCUUUAUUCUGGGCAUCCUGUAAAAAUGCAUGCAGGCCUCAGAGACAGCAAUAAGUAAGACAUUUGCUUUUGAAUAGUCCUGUUAAUCUUGGCUAUUGCAAUGUGUCCAGGAGUAUGUUCAUUUCCAUGGCACUUGAAGGUAUUUUACAUAGAACUGCUUCACUGGAACAUAAAAAGGUAAGAUAAGA